AUGGAAAUGUUGGGGAUACUGUCUUUCUGGCAGUUUGUGGGGUAUGUAUACCACUGUGGGGAAGAGGGUGGCCUUCCACCUCUUGGCCCACCUCCCAUUCACCUCACAAACUGCCAGGUCCCCAGUCCUCAUAUGACCCCUUCAGGGAGAGGGAGGAGGAAGAACGGGUCCGCUUCAGAGCCGCCUAAAUGUCUUGCCCUGCCUGCUCCACCCAAACUCCCUGCACCACCCUGGCCCUCAGCCAGGACUCCAGACCUGUCGGAGCCUGCCUGGUCUGUCCCUCCGGCACCUCCCUGGUCCUCUCCCAGGAUUCUAGACCCGCCGGAGUCCCCCUGGUCCGUCCCUCCGGUAGCACCCUGGCCCUCUGCCAGGACUCUAGCCCUGCCUGAGCCUCCCUGGCUCAACCCUCCCGUCCCUCCCUUGUCCAACCCUCCCGUCCCUCCCUGGCUCCACCCUCCCUUGUCCAACCCUCCCGUCCCUCCCUGGCUCAACCCUCCCGUCCCUCCCUGGCUCAACCCUCCCUGGCUCAACCCUCCCGUCCCUCCCUGGCUCAACCCUCCCGUCCCUCCCUGGUCCAACCCUCCCGUCCCUCCCUGGUCCAACCCUCCCUGGUCCAACCCUCCCUGGUCCAACCCUCCCUCCCUGGUCCAACCCUCCUGUCCCUCCCUUGUCCAACCCUCCUGUCCCUCCCUUGUCCAACCCUCCUGUCCCUCCCUUGUCCAACCCUCCCGUCACUCCCUUGUCCAACCCUCCCGUCCCUCCCUGGCUCAACCCUCCCGUCCCUCCCUGGCUCAACCCUCCCGUCCCUCCCUGGCUCAACCCUCCCGUCCCUCCCUGGCUCAACCCUCCCGUCCCUCCCUGGCUCAACCCUCCCGUCCCUCCCCUCCCCUCCCUGGCUCAACCCUCCCGUCCCUCCCCUCCCUGGCUCAACCCUCCCGUCCCUCCCCUCCCCUCCCUGGCUCAACCCUCCCGUCCCUCCCCUCCCUGGCUCAACCAUCCCGUCCCUGCCUGGCUCAACCCUCCCGUCCCUCCCUGGCUCAACCCUCCCGUCCCUCCCUGGUCCAACCCUCCCGUCCCUCCCUGGUCCAACCGUCCCUCCCUGGCUCAACCCUCCCGUCCCUCCCUGGCUCAACCCUCCCGUCCCUCCCUGGCUCAACCCUCCCGUCCCUCCCCUCCCUGGCUCAACCCUCCCGUCCCUCCCUGGCUCAACCCUCCCGUCCCUCCCCUCCCUGGCUCAACCCUCCCGUCCCUCCCCUCCCUGGCUCAACCCUCCCGUCCCUCCCCUCCCUGGCUCAACCCUCCCGUCCCUCCCCUCCCUGGCUCAACCAUCCCGUCCCUGCCUGGCUCAACCCUCCCGUCCCUCCCUGGCUCAACCCUCCCGUCCCUCCCCUCCCUGGCUCAACCCUCCCGUCCCUCCCCUCCCUGGCUCAACCCUCCCGUCCCUCCCCUCCCUGGCUCAACCAUCCCGUCCCUGCCUGGCUCAACCCUCCCGUCCCUCCCUGGCUCAACCCUCCCGUCCCUCCCUGGGCACCGGUCACCGCGGCGCGACGAAGGCUGUCCCAAUUCAAAGGCUGCAUCCUCGAAGGCCGUAUUCGAAGGCCGGUUGCGUCAUCGGGCCGCGACGAAGGCUACCCUGAUUCAAAAGCAACGCCAAAUGCACCCUUCGUUUCCCCGUGA